ACCAAGCCUCCCCCCAUUCGCGAGCGACGACGUCAGAACCCUCCCGCCAUGCCCAAGUCUGGCGGCUAUCUGCCCAGCGUCACCACCGCUGGCAAGUACGCCAACGGCGGCGGCGGCGGCGGCGGCGGAGACAAUGGCCCUUUCAACUCGAUGCCCGAGGUGAAGGGUCAGGACGACAUGCCCCUCGAUGAGGCCCAGAAUGCAGCGCUGCAGAAUGCCCACCAUCAGCACCAAAUCCGCUCUGAUGGCUACAGGGAUGAGCGCUCCAACGGCUCGCUGGGUUCUGAGUCCGAGGAAGAGGGCGACGACUACUACGAGGACUCGGACAACGAUACGGAGCAGCCCCACUACUCACCGCCUCAAGCUACCGUCCCUCGCAACACUGAUGGACCCAACAUCCGUGUCGGACGUACAGGCACGCGCGCCAACCCCAGCGUGGAGCCAAUGCCGCCUAGCCGGCACUCGAGCAUGAUCAGGCCUAUGCCGCCACAUCAGGAGGAUGAGGAGUCGUCGCUACCCCCUUUGCCUGAGCAGGAGAAUGAGCAGGCGGUGAGGAGAGUGGCUGGAGGGCUGAGCCGCGGAUCCAAGGGCACGAGGCCCACUGCUGCCGGUAUGAACCGCAUCCCCUCGGCGGGCUCAGGCAAGUCGCGCUCAUCCUCGUCGCACCCCUACUCCAACACGCCAGUCCAAUCGCCAAAGCAAUCCGGCUCAGACUUCUAUCGCUCUGCUGCUCCCUUCGGCCGUCGCUCCGACCUAACCAACUGGGCUCCCCGCGCUGCGCCUGCCAGCAGCCAUCCGCGAGAGGAUGUCGAUGCAGCGUACGCUGAGGACGAUAUGGGAGAGAUUGAGAAUCUGCCCUCUUUCAGCUCCAUCCGCCCAGGCGAGCGAACAUCCAAGCCCAUCACGCGCGUAGAGAAGGACAUGGAUUGGUCCUUCCGUCGAUUGCUGAGCGAGAAUGUCUUCAAGCAGCUCCUCGAGGAUCCUCUAGGACGACACCGCUUCAGGCAGUUCUUGGACGAGGAUUCGGCAGGUGCUGCGCAGUGGGAGGGGGCAAAGGAUGCGAGCGAGCUGCCAGGCUCUGAGCUGCUGGACUUCUACUUUGACUUGGGCCAAUUUGAGCGUCAGGCCAAGAACAUGAAGGAGGCGACGGAGGCCAUCCACGACCUCUAUGUGGCCGAGGACUCGGACUCGCACAUCCCCUUGCCCCAGCCUCAAGGCGAAACCCUCUACUCGACGUUGCGCCGAGCCUUUGACGUGGAGAUCUCCCUCUCACCGCUACAGGAGCAUGUUCGUCGUCAUCUGUACCGCACGUCCUUCCAGCGCUUCGUGCGCAGUCUCAUCGUUGAGGAGAACCGGGUCAAGCUGGGUGCUUUCCAAGACGAGGAUGAGGAAUACGCAGGACUGGGCGAUUGUUUCUGCUUGACGAAUCCAAGGGCUGGAAGCGAGAAUCGUGAGUGCAAAGGCAGCGAGGCGAUGAUGAUUUGCUUUGGAUCACUGUGAUGGUAGGAAUGGGUGACGGCAUUAUCCGCCUGGCCAGAGCCAUCGAGUGCUCUUGGCCGACUGGUGGCAGAGAGCACUUG